AUGGACAUGGCAGAUCUUCCUGCGAUCACGCUCACGGAGCCCACCAACCACAACCAGCUUCCAUCGCCAGCACAGUCGCCCAUCAAGGAAUCGAGCCAUGGAGACCUCAACGCGCGAUUUGCGACAGGGCGUCCUGCGACGGGAAACAAGAGUUCGCAUGGGCGGACAGACUCGCAGACGAGCGCGUGGCCAUCGCCAGGCCGACUGAUCAGGACUCUGUCGUCAAACAACAGCGCUGCACCAGCUGCAGGCGGUGCAUCCAUCCAAGACACCCAUGGCAAACAGGAAGCAGCAGCGCAGCAACCCGUAAUCGAUCCCUUAUCGCAACAUAUCUUUAGGCGUACUAACACUCCUCUCAACAUACCCGCGAAUGGUUCUCCUCGACCGCGAACGUCAGAUGGCGGCAAUGCGCAAAGGGAAGAUAAGCAGCAACAACGAGAGCAACGUCCUACGCCGCCAGUCCAGAACGUGUUGUCUCGAACAGACCCUUUGGAGAGCACUGCGCCUACGAACAAGGACUUGAGGAAAGGAGUGAAGGCUGUCUCGUUCAUAAGUCGGCUCAUGGGUGGCUCGAAAAAGAAGGAUGUUGAAGAAGACGCCAUGGACGAUGAGGCCAGCACGAGCGAAGAACGACCUGAGGGCAACGAUGCAGAGCUGUUCACGCAGAAGGUAGACAACAUGGGCUUCCAGCCACGUCAUCCACAACCACCGGCCUACAUCAAAGUCCGAGGAAAGUACAAGAAGGAUCGCGACUUCGAUCGACUGUUCCUGGCGCAAGAACUGGACCCCAACAAAGGCCCCCGAAUGGAGCGAAGAGGCAGCGCGAACAAGCUGCAGAGAAGGAACUCGGCCAACCCGAACGAGGGCAAUCCUAUAUGGGCAAUGGAGUUCAGUAGAGACGGGAAGUAUCUUGCAGCUGCGGGCGCGGACAUGAUUGUCAGAGUGUGGGCAGUGUUGGGUAGCUCGGAGGACAGACAAAAGCACGAAAGGCAAGAGUCAAAUGAAAGUCAAGCAAACGGCAUCGAUGCCCAUGCGCAACAUCUGAGCGCACCAGUCUUUCAGAGUCAACCGCUACGGGAAUACGAAGGCCAUGCAUCAACGAUUCUGGACCUUAGUUGGAGCAAGAACAACUUUCUGCUGUCCUCAUCGAUGGAUAAGACCGUGCGGUUAUGGCACGUCAGCCGAUCAGAGUGCCUUUGCACAUUCAAGCACAAUGAUUUCGUGCCUUCAAUUUGUUUCCACCCCAAGGACGAUCGCUUCUUUCUGGCAGGCUCUCUAGACUCCAGACUACGACUGUGGAGUAUACCCGACAAAAGUGUGGCCUAUGCGGCACAAAUACCGGAUAUGAUUACCGCAGUCGCUUUUACACCAGACGGCAAAUUCGCAAUGGCAGGAUGCCUAAGUGGACUUUGUAUGUUCUACGAAACCGAAGGCUUAAAGUACCAGACGCAGAUACAUGUAAGAUCGACAAGAGGACAGAAUGCCAAAGGCAGCAAGAUCACUGGCAUCCAGGCUCAGUAUGGACCCAGUGGCGAUAUUAAAGUACUUAUCACGAGCAACGACUCUCGAGUGCGGCUGUACAACUUUCGCGACAAAAGUCUUGAGCUUAAGUUCAAAGGCAAUGAGAACAAUUUCAGCCAGAUUCGAGCGAUGUUCAGUGAUGAUGGGAGAUACGUUGUAUGUGGAAGCGAAGACCGGAAGGCCUACAUCUGGAGUCUGCAUCAGUCGUCUGGCGAGAAGCGCGACAGGACACCCAUGGAGACUUUCGACGCGCACGACUCAAUAACAACGGCGGUCUGCAUCGCGCCGACCAAGACACGGCAACAUCUCAGCAAAUCCGAGGAUCCGUUGUACGACCUUUGCAACCCGCCGCCAAUCACACUACUCAGCCAUGCCGAACGAGCAGAAUCACAAGCCUCAACCCGACCGCCGACUCUGUAUGGUAGCGAACGAGGCAGCAUACAAGCAACGCCGGCAGAUCUCGAAGGCAAGUUCGAGCGUCCGAAGGAGACACCGGCAUACGUUGCUCGUACUGCGCACAAAGAAGGCAACAUCAUUGUGACUGCUGAUUAUGCCGGCAAGAUCAAAGUCUUUCGCCAGGACUGUGCAUGGGCGAAGCGAAACCGUGACGAUGCUGACAAGGCUUCGCUGUUCUCUAAGCGCGGCAGCAAAGCAAGUCGCAACGCCUCCGUCGCUACCAGGAGAAGCGAAAAGAAUCUUAGGGAUACUUCGCGCAGCUCAAUCUCCCCUCAAGCUCCUUCCGAUCGGAUACUGUCCUGGCGACAAGGCAUUGCCAGCACGCCUAGCAUCGCUGAGAGUAGAAAUGGAUAUUCCAAAGACACGAGUCGUAGUAUGUCACCACGAAAAUCGCUUGAUCAACGUGGGAGGUCAGCCAACACAUACCCACCCGCCAAGGCCUCCAGUGUACGAUCAUCACAUCCUCUAGCAGCUGACUCUCUGGUGAGAUCGCCCUCGCCAAUCAAGAGAGAUGCUGUAGCUGGCGCACAGCACGGUUCGCCGGACUCGCCCCGAUCUUCCAUACACAAGGAUAGUGAAGAGAAAGACAACGCCCUCAACCUGCAAGGCGGCCGGUCGUACAUGUUUUGGGAUACAGAUGUAUGGAAGAACCAUGCCGAGCGUAUCCACAACAUGGCUCAGGAGCAUGAACACGGCAACGUCCCGCACGACUCUCGGGAUGGAAGUGCGAAAGAUGGCGAUCACCUUGCAGUGCAGCCAAAUCUGCAUAAGAUCCCUUCCUAUGUCUCGGAACUCAGCGAUGAACAUAGUAGUGUUGAGGAGUUCGAUGACGCAAGGGAAGAAGUUGAGAUGAAGUGCUCAAGGUGUGGUAGUUUGAGCUUCUCGGGUAGGAAAGAGAAGGAUGGGGGCAUGAGGUUGGUUUGUAUGAAGUGUGGGAAUCCUGCUUCGUGA